UGUAGGUGGCACCCAAACACAGCAGCAGGGAGAUUCCGGCGGUAAACCUCACACACUGUCACCAAGGCUCUCCAGUGAAAUAGUCCUGGACUUUGCUUGUAUAGUCUCUACUUCUAAUUUCACCAGUUCUCAACCAGGGGAAGGCAUUCCAGGAAGACUGCAGGAGUCUCUUCGUGUACCUCAUGGCUGCGGUACUUGGAAACAGCACCCGAACUAUGGGAACUUCAGACUGUGAGCUGAGAAGCCAGUUCAAAAGGAGGAACAGGAGGAGGUCGACCAGAAAAGAGAGAACCAGUAUGCUGUCAUCCUUCAUCGGCCCCAUGAAGAUUAGAGAUACUGGGACAACAACAUCAAAAGACGAUGGAGACACUUCAAAUAGCAGCAGCGUUGAGGUGAAGGAGAAUCGUCACAGCAGAAACCAAGUGGACUAUUCCACCAUACAACAGCCUGCACAUCAUCCAUCAGCUCUUUACACUGACAUCUCCAGGAGGCUCUCCAGGACUACUGCUCUACAGAGGAAGCAGCCAUUGAUGGAAGGAAAAGACAGGCUUCUCUAUGAACUCCAGUUGAUCUGUAAGAGGACGGCCCAUUGUUUUACGUCAGAUAGCGCAACGACUAUGUCUGCACUGUCGGUUGAGGGAGGACCAUCACCUGGGAGUGACGCCACCUGUUGGAAGACAAUGAGGACUUCCUGGUCUGUCACAAAGAAGAACGCCCUGGUGCAGUUGAACGAGCUGAGACCAGGUCUACAGUAUGAGAUAGCAUCCUGGACAGGGCCAGUUCACGCCCCUGUGUUCACUGUAGGAGUAGAGGUGAACGGCCUCAGGUUCGAGGGCCGAGGCCCCACCAAGAAGAAGGCUAAGAUGAAGGCAGCAGAGAUGGCUCUUAGGUCCUUCAUCCAGUUCCCCAACGCCCCUCAGGCUCACAUCACCAUGGGAAACCUCAACUUUAUCAACACCACAGCACCAACAGACUUCACCUCAGACCAGGCCGAUCUCGUCCCUGACACGCUCUUCAAGGAGUUUGAGCCAGAAGCACAGGAAGACCAAUUCCUUUACCACAGGACAGACGGAAAGGAGUUGCCAUUUGAGGAGCCACCAGCGCAGGGAGAUACACAACUCCUGUAUCACAGCCACAGGACAGGGGAAAAGGGACAGGAGUUGCUCUCCAGCAUUUGUAACCAUGGGAGACUGGUAUGCCUGACCCUUGACCUGAUGUCCUCAGCCAAUCAAAAGAGGCAGAGGAUUGGUUCCUCCAUUGUUGAAGAACUGAGGCCUGUGGCUCUGCUCAAUGAGUUAAGGCCAGGCCUGAGGUACGUCUGCCUGACGGAGAGAGUGCGGGGCAGGCCGAUCAGGAGCUUUGUGAUGGCAGUGUGGGUGGAUGGGAGGAUAUUUGAGGGCUGUGGGCGCAGUAAGAGACUGGCUCAAGCCCAGGUAGCAGCCUCAGCCCUACAGGACCUGUUUAACAUCAGUCUGGGGCCUGAGAGGAGCAUCAGUCAUACUGCCAGCUGGGCCAAGAGCUCUCAGCUACCUCAGUGCUUUGCAGAGUCAAUCUUCCACUUGGUGAGAGAGAAACACAGUGAGCUAGCUGACUGUUGCUGCACUACCUCCCAGUCACACAGCCGUUACAAAGUACUGGCAGGCAUCGUAAUGACUAGAGGUUUUGAUGUGAGGCGAGGCCAGGUGGUGUCUCUGGGGACAGGGACCAAGUGUUUCAGUGGAGUGUGUGUCAGUGACCAGGGAUGGACGGUUAAUGACUGCCAUGCUGAGGUCAUCACCAGGAGGGCUUUCCUCCGCUUCCUCUACACCCAACUGGAGCUCUUCCUCUGUAACUGGCCAGACAGUUUGGAGAAGUCAAUCUUUGUGCGAGACAAAGAGUCUGGGUACAGACUGAGAGAUGGUAUUCUGUUCCAUAUGUAUGUGAGCUCAUCGCCCUGUGGAGACGCACGCCUCAACUGCCCCUACGAGGUAACAGCUACACACCACAGCUGGCACAGAUUUGUAAGGAAGUUGCGCUGCCAUCUGAGGAUGAAGAUGGAAGGCGGUGAGGGUACACUUCCUGUCAGCGUACGGCGAGCCAAUCAGAAAUGGGACAGGGGGUUGCCGAGGGAACCUCCCGUCACCAUGUCCUGCACAGAUAAAAUGGCCAGGUGGAAUGUUCUUGGUCUCCAGGGCUGUCUCCUGUCUCACCUGGUGGAGCCGGUGUACCUCCACAGCCUCACUGUGGGCAGCCUGUGCCACACGGGUCACCUGGGAAGGACCAUGGCACGACGCAUGGGGCACAUCGCCCCCCUGCCAUCCUCCUAUAGACACAACAGGCUACUCCUCGGCUGCCUCAGCAGCAGUGAGGGUCGGCAUCCAGGGAAGUCCCCCAGCUUCAGUGUGAACUGGAGUGCUGGAGAUGGGGAGCUGGAGGUGGUGGAUACCUCAACAGGCAGGAGGAAAGACUCAGGGACACCAUCCAGACUCUGCAAGAGAUCCCUUUUCACUCGUUGGGAGAGACUACACCACCAGCUGAGCAGGCCAGGACAAGUGUUGGGUGACGAGAAGGCCAUAAAGACGUACUGUGGAGCUAAGAUGACAGCGGGGGCCUACCAGAGAGCCAAGCAGAAGUUUGUCCUCUCACUGCAGGAGGCAGGCCUGGGCAUCUGGAACAGGAAACCACCAGAACAGGAGCACUUCCAGAGCAGUGUGUAAGGGGUUCUUAUAGAAGAAGCAAUUCCCUCACACGCACUCACAUACACAUGCACUCUUCCUAUCGUGGUCACUAAGACCGUAGAGGUCCUAUAAUACAAUGUUACCAUGAUAGGAACAGGUAACUGCCAAAAUAAUGGAAACAUUUGAGUAAAUGAAGGAUAGAAAGUAUAUUGAAAGCCAAGUUAAUUAAGCAAUUAAUAUCCCAUCAUGCUUAGGGUCAUGUAUAAAAAUGCUGGGCAG